GUGUUUUGAUGUGGUGCAGUAGGUGAUGAGUUGUGUGUGGAGACAUUUUAGCGCAUCGUUGACCGCCCUGGUGACAGGUUAAGUGGUUAAAUAUAUUGGAUCUGUUGGGUCCUGCCCACACCAAGGUUCAGCAAUGGCUACCACCGUUGAGGAAGUUGAGGAAGCUGGCGACAGCAUACCAACACACGCCUACCCUUGUCCGACGUGUGGCAUGCUGUUCAGCGAGUCAGACAUGUGCGAUACACACGCUUCGUUUUGUUCGCAAAGUGACGAUCCUGGAGGGGACUGGACUGAAGAGAGAGUUCAUUUGCUCGUCGACUGUAUGGAUGCUAGAUACGCCAAAUUUGUGCAGAUGUCACCGAAGGAGAGGAAGCACCACUGGAAGCGGACGGCGCACGUUGUGGGCGCCACGGCCGACGAGACGCGACACCGCUGGAACCAACUGAUCUCCUCGUACAACCGGAUCAAGCUGGCCAAGGCGCAUGGCCGCUCGACGGCCGCCGAUCGGUGGCAGUACUAUGAGAAGAUGGACAACAUCCUGGGCGAGCGGGUGUCAGUGCGGCCUGAGUUUGUCAUCUCGUCCAUGCCGCUGGAGACGUCCGCUGACGGCACGAUCCAGCCUGGCAGCGGCAUGCUGCUGUCGCCGGAAGGCGAUGUCGAAGUGGGCGGCACCAGCAAGCUGAUCGAGCUGAUGCAGGAGCGUUACCCGCGCUACACGAAGAUGUCGCCGAAACGGCGGAAGAUGUUGUGGCAGGAGAUCGCCGACCUGCUGGGCGUGUCGCCGGAUGAGGCGCGAAUCCGGUGGAACAUGCUGGUCGGCUCGUACAAGCGGACCAAGUUCAACCGGACGAUGAAGCGAGGCGUCCGCAAGUACAAGCACAAGUGGCAGUACUUCGAGCAGAUGGACAAGAUCCUGGGCGACAAGUACAAGCCGGUGAUGCCGCUGCUGGUGCUAUCGUCGCGACCGAUCCAACCGAACCCCACAGUUACGUUCUCCACAGCGCCCACGCUCUUCACGACCAACGCGGCGACGAGCAGCGUCGGCCAGGCGGCCACCACCGGUACCACGUCCACGGCCACGGCCAGCGUGCUGCAGAUCGGCCCCACUGGUCUCCUGCAGGCCGCACCCGGCGUCCUCCAGCCGGGCACCACUGGCAUUCUGCAGCCGGGCACUACCGGCAUACUGCAGCAGGGCACCACCGGCAUACUGCAGCAGGGCACCACCGGCAUAUUGCAACAGGGCACGACAGGUAUUUUGCAACAGGGCACGCCGAACGUGCAGACCGUGCUACAGGGCACGCCCGCGCAGCAGGCCGCUGAGGUCGAGAUGUUCACCAGCAAGCGAAAAGCGCUCUUCGUGGAGGAGUACCUGCGCGCCAAGGCGCGACGCGAGGAGUUGCGAUUGCAGCUGGAGGAGCGUCGCAUCCGGGCCCUGGAGCGCCUCGUCGACACCAUGGAGGCACGCUCCCAGUGUUGAGUGCGUGCCGGGCGACGGCAGAUCUCAAGGCCGGAGUGAACGAGGCGUGUUGCUGUGCCUGGUCUGACGGUCGAGCGUGGGGUUAGCCGUUGCCUCGUAGGUGUGUCUGUGGACGCGUAAAUGCAAGGUGCGGCGCGAGGCUGUGCCAGAAAUAUGGCCAAGUGCGAUGCAAGAAAGUGUUUAUGUGCUCUCGAGGAUUUGCACAACGAUCCCGGAUGUGGUGCCUGGUGCGGAUGUCGGUCAUAUGCCCUGCCUUGGCAUUAUCCGACGCCAUUGUGUUCUGAUACACAAUGCAUGUUCAGUACUUGAUCACGUCGUGUUCAUCGAUGGGAAACACCACUGACCCGCCGCGGUGGUGUUCGAAGUGGACGCGGCUGGAACAUCGGUGACCAGCCCAGCGUAUGCCGGACAUUCCGUUGCCGCGGCGGUGGUAUGUCAUGAUCAUUACUUUGCCAUUCAUCCCAUAUGCUGUUUGAAGAGGCUCCAAUGAGGCUCCCGAAUAUUCUUUGGAUUUCUCUUUCUGCGUGCCUCAGAAGCGGAGUCAGAGCAUACUCCGCAUUGGUCGAACAUGCACCAUUAAUCAUAAAGUUGGAAAAGUUUGGAUGCAAUUUGCUUAAAUGAAACGAUCUCCACGACAAAAUCGGAACACCCUGGUUUCCUGUUCUGCCGCGCUAUUUUCUUUUCGACGUCCACUGAAGAGGCACGCUUGUUUUACAGGCCAUGAGAAAAUCGAAAUAUGAUGCUGCCAGAAUCUGA